AUGAGAAAGGCCGCCAUCCGUCUUCGCCUUUCGCCGGACGACGUCCGGAGUGACGCUGCCUCGUUCGUUUCCCCCCCUGCACGCCCUCAUUCCAGAGCACUGAAAUCCCCUUUCCGCAACCUCAUUACCGCCCGAACACCCCUUUCCGCAACCUCUCCUUGCCCACAAUGUGUCUUAUCGCCUCCCGGUUCUAAUUCUCCUUUCGCCUCCCCGCGCGUGCGGCUCUCGCAUCCCCGCGCUCUCCUCUCGCUUUCCCCGCGCGGCCUCCUCACACCUCCCCGCGCGCUCGACUCUCUACUCCCCGCGCGGCCUCCUCCCGCCUUGCCGCGCGUUCUCCUCUCGCCUCCCCGCGCGUUCUCCUCUCGCCUCCCCGCGCCUGCUCCUCUCGCCUCCCCGCGCCUGCUCCUCUCGCCUCCCCGCGCCUGCUCCUCUCGCCUCCCCGCGCCAGCUCCUCUCGCCUCCCCGCGCGUGCGGCUCUCGCAUCCCCGCGCUCUCCUCUCGCUUUCCCCGCGCGGCCUCCUCACACCUCCCCGCGCGCUCGACUCUCUACUCCCCGCGCGGCCUCCUCCCGCCUUGCCGCGCGUUCUCCUCUCGCCUCCCCGCGCGUUCUCCUCUCGCCUCCCCGCGCCUGCUCCUCUCGCCUCCCCGCGCCUGCUCCUCUCGCCUCCCCGCGCCUGCUCCUCUCGCCUCCCCGCGCCAGCUCCUCUCGCCUCCCCGCGCGUGCGGCUCUCGCCUCCCCGCGCGGCCUCCUCUCGCCUUCCCGCGCAUGCGCAUCUAGCCUGCGUCGUCCGCUUCACACUGCCUCCCCUCGCUGCCUCUCCGCGUUUCGCGGCGGCCUCCUCUCGCGAGCUGCACUCGAAUAAGGCCCGCCGCUCUCUCUCACUCUCUUGCACCGGCUGUGCUUCCGCAUCCCCGCUGCACGCCCUCAAAACCCCCCCCUGA